CAGGAACAGAAUCCUGGAAGCGAGCAGCUCGGCGCAUGUUAAACGACUUGGUUUUCAAUGGACGACCGUCCUGAUAAAUCAGCAAUCAAACUCUGAGCUUCGAGAUGGCUUGAUGAAAUGCUUACCAUCGAAUUUCGGGGGAAGGCGCUCGCGGUGACGUCGCUUGCCAGCAUCACCCCACCUUCGGCAUUGAGACACGCGCGGCGUCCUGGUAAUCACGUAACCUAGUAGGACUUGACCACCAUCACACUCCUGUUCAGUUGAUGCUCAAUUACGUUCGAAGCAUAAGUUGUCGCGCUCGAUACCAGCUCAAUUUCAAUCAAAUUUCGUCUUACCACAUUAGAACACCUUUCCUACCGCCAGCACAGGCAUUCGCAACAAUGGCCAACCUCAACAUCACCAUCCCCAAGUUGAAGCUCAACGAUGGUACUUCCAUGCCAAUGCUAGGCUACGGUACUGGUACUGCCUGGUUCAAGACUGGGGAAGAGAGCAAGAUCGACCAGGCCAUCAUCGAUUCUGUCAAAAUUGCGACCAAGCUGGGAUACACGCAUCUCGAUGGUGCCGAGGUCUACAAGACCGAGACUGAGUUGGGCACCGCGAUCAAGGAGAGUGGCAUUCCACGUGAGAAGCUGUAUGUUACGACUAAAGUCAACAACGACAACAUCAAGAAUAUUGCGGGAGCUAUCAAGACGAGUCUGGAGAAGCUGCAAUUGGAUCACGUUGAUCUGUAUCUCAUCCACCAGCCCUGGUUUGCAGGCUCAGACGAAGAUCUCCAGAAAGCAUGGGCCGACAUGGAAGCCGUUCAAGCCUCCGGUCUCGCAAAGUCCAUUGGCGUCUCCAACUACCUCCCCAAUCACCUCGCUGCUACCCUCAAGACAGCCAAAGUCAAGCCAGUGUGCAACCAGAUUGAACUGCACCCCUACCUGCAAAGGCCAGAGCUCCUCGAUUUCCACAAGCAGAACAACAUUGCCACGGUCGCCUAUGCGCCUCUCACCCCUGCUACAAAGGCAAAGCCUGGUCCUCUGGACGACUACGUGGAGGCACUAACGAAGAAGUAUGCUGUGAGCGAGAACGAGAUUUACCUAAGGUGGUGCAUGGAUCAGGAUAUUGUGCCCAUUACGACGAGUGGAAAGGAGCAGAGGUUGAGCGAUUACUUGAGGGCGAACACGUUCAAGCUGACGCCUAAAGAGAUCAAGGACAUGAAUGAGAUUGGGCAGAAGAAGCAUUUCCGCGGAUUCUGGGGACACAUCUUCAAGGACGAUGAUCGUUCCUAGUGAGCCUAGGUAGCAGCUGCAUGAAGCAGCAUAUUGCGUUACGUCUGAUCCGGCAGGCCAAGAGUAUAGAACUCUGCAUAUUUCGAAACUGCAAAUACACUGGCUUGUUUGAUGUUCUUUAAAAA